UUGAAUCCAAAAGGAGAAAUAAGCAACGCAACAAAUUUAUCAAAUUGAGAGGGGAAUGAAAUGCACUUCGGCAUAUCGUUUUGGCCGGGAGUCACCUGUCCCCUCCACAACGAAAAAUCGUUCUAAAGUUGCAGAUACCCACGGUAGUUAUCUUUGCGUAUUAUGACCCUCCUCAAAAAGCUAGGUUCUGAGAUUAACGUAUGGUCGGAACUGAUAAGAUUUAGCAGAUCGAAUCAGUAUGCGCAGUGCAGUGACAGCACGAAUCGAUUUAGCAAAGGCUGAGUAAGUAAUUAUUAUACCAUUGAGCCCCAAAAAUAGUAUCUAGAGAAAUUAAUUUAUAAUUUCUUUUGUCAUAGAUGAUCUUUAGGCCAAGAUCGUGUCAUGUGCACCUACGAGAAGUCUUUGAGCUCUGAACAGAUAUCACUCGACCCUGUGCUUGUUCAACAAACACAGAGCUCCACUGAGCUCACCGUUCACUUAACCCUUUCACGAAUGGAAUCUGAGAUGCCCACCUACGAAACGGUGAGCGACUGCCAAAAAGAGUGCGAGUAUGAUAACAUUGAUGAGACUCAUCGAACGUCCAGGUCAGUAAGUGAGAGUUGUUCAGAUAUUCAGGAGCUAGAACGAAGAAAGACACUGGUGGUGAGUGAUAAAAAAGGAAUACAGCGGCCAACCAGCUUCUGCGAUGAAAAAGAAGGAAACAAGGAUUAUGUUGACGCUGUUGUUCACAAACAAAGAAAAGGCAGAGCCGUUUCUGAAGCAAGCGCCUUCAAAAAACCUCAGAAUCACCUUCAGGAAGGAACUGGUGGAUUACCUGGUAACCGGGCGUCCUGUAUAGAGCUCGAAGUCAAUACCAAGGCCGCCAUGGAGGAGACACCCAAGACUGGCAAGAAUACAGAUUACCUGUAUACAGUUGUUGACAAGACGAAAAAGAAGAAGAAAAAAUCGCCACAGAUGCCCCCUCCCUACCGAGGCCCUGAGUACGCAGAUCUCGUCCACUCCCGAGAAAACUACGCUAAGCUUGCCAAAGAACAGUCCCAGUCAGUAUACGCACACGUUGAUCAAGUUACGACCCUAAGCGUAAAGGCAUCAGAGCAGAAUCACGAGGAAGCAAAGGAAGGGAAACAUUAGUGAACUC